AUGUUGCCUUUUGGGAAGCUCUGGCUGGGUGCAGAGCUGUAUAGAGCCAGCAGGUCGGUGGUGACAAUUAUGAGCAAUUGCUGGUGGGGUGGCCAAACAGAUCAAGGCAAUGACGGAUCACCAGUCCAGGCAUUCCAUCAUAGUUAUUGCACCAUGUCCACAUUUUCCUGCUGCGUUCAUAGCAAUGACUUUGUACCGAUCAACGGCUGGAGUGAAGGUUUGUCAGAGGACAUCUGUUUGAUUGUAGUUGGAAACUUGAGACGAAUCACCAAUCUUGCACUUUCAAGGAGAUGUGCAACAGGUGUAUGUUGCUGCCACGUUGUCAGUCAGGUUGCAUGGACGAUCAACACCAUUUCCCACCCAGAAGCAGCAGGUUGCCAAAACAGGUCCACAACUCACAAGCCUGGGCCCCUGACAGUGGUGCCAGUGGCGUUUGCAAAGAGGGAGUGGGGCAGAGGGGGCUGCGUGGCUCCGUUACCCGUUCUGCAUGCCAGCACCUCACGGAGGUGCGCCUCUAGUUUGUUGUACGUGUCCACUGAGGACACCAUCGCCUGCAGAUCGUCGCGCGUCCGACUGGCGUCCAGCAUCACGGAGGAGGUGAUGGUGCAGGUCGUGCCGUCGCCCCCACAGACACCACAGAUGUCAAGGUUCCCAUGGUCGCAGCAGAUCCCUGCGCGAACAUACAUUGCUUGA